UUUAAAAGUAGUCGAAGUUCAAAUGUGCUCCACGACAUUGUUCAAAAGCAUCUUUGACAGAAUCAUCUUUAUCCUCGGUGCUCCAGUCGACCAAUCACUUUUAAGCCCCUCCUCCUCAUAUUCACGUACUGUCAGAGCUCUUGCUCUCUUUUCCUUCUACUACAUAUCUAAAAAGGCAAAGACGCUCAUACGCUUCUCACUCCCACGUCUGCAAACCUCCAGCUGUGGUGCGGCUCCUCCUCUUCUCUGCAAAUCAUCUCUCAAAGCUAGCUACCAUGGUUACCCAUAAGGAGUUCGAAAGCGCAGGAAAGCAGCCGGGGCUGCAGGUGUGGCGUGUCGAGAACAUGGAUCUGAAGCCUGUGCCAAAAACCCUGCAUGGCUGCUUUUACAGUGGGGACGCUUACCUGCUGCUCUUCACCACCUCAGCUCCAUCCUAUUACAUACACAUGUGGUUGGGUCAGGAGUGUUCCAAUGAUGAGAGUGGAGCAGCCGCUAUCUUUGCCACACAGCUGGAUGACUUUCUUGGUGGUGGGCCGGUCCAGUUCAGAGAGGUGCAGAACAAUGAAUCCAAUACGUUCCUGGGGUACUUCAAGUCAGGCAUCAAGUAUCAGAAAGGGGGCGUGGCCUCAGGUUUCAAUCACGUUGUGACGAAUGACAUGAAUGUGAAGCGUCUGCUUCACGUCAAGGGUCGCAGAGUCAUUAGAGCGACAGAAGUGGACAUGUCCUGGUCCAGCUUCAACAAAGGGGACUGCUUCAUCAUCGACUUGGGAAAGGAUGUAUAUCAGUGGUGCGGCAGUGAGUGUAACCGCUUUGAGCGGCUGAAGGCUUCUCAGGUCACAAUUGAUAUCAGAGACAAUGAGAGAAACGGCCGAGCAAAAGUGCACAUGGUGGAGGAGGGAGACGAGCCGGCUGCUGUCAUCGAGGCUUUGGGGCCCAAAACCACCAUUGCACCCAGUACUCCUGAUGAUGAGAAGGUGGACUCUUCCAACAGAAAGAAGGGUGCCCUCUACAUGAUCUCAGAUGCUUCUGGCUCCAUGAAGGUGACGUCUGUGGCUUCGUCUAGCCCUUUCAAGCAGGCCAUGCUGUCUCCCGAGGAGUGCUACAUCCUGGACAAUGGGGUGGACAAGAACAUCUUCGUUUGGAAAGGUCCGAAAGCCAAUGUAUCAGAGCGUCAAAAAGCCAUGUCGGCAGGACAGGAGUUCAUCAAGGACAAGGGAUACAGCAGCAAAACGCAGGUACUCCCUGCGGGAGGUGAGACGACUCUGUUCAAGCAGUUUUUCAGUGACUGGAAGGACAAGGAUGAGACGACAGGCCCGUCUAAGGCCUACAGCAUCGGCCGCAUAGCCAAAGUGGAACAAAUUCCCUUCGAUGCCUCCAGCCUGCACUCUAACAAAGCCAUGGCAGCACAGCAUGGAAUGGUAGACGAUGGCAAGGGCAAGAUCCAGAUCUGGCGUGUUGAGAACGGUGAAAAGGUGCCAGUGGACCCUUCCACGUACGGUCACUUCUAUGGCGGAGACUGCUACCUCAUCCUCUACAGCUACAGCAUGGGAAGCCGGGAAAAACACAUAAUUUACACCUGGCAGGGGCUGAAGUGCACCCAAGAUGAGCUGGCAGCCUCAGCGUUCCUCACAGUGAAGCUGGAUGACUCAAUGGGAGGAUCCCCAGUUCAGGUGAGAGUGACUCAAGGCCAGGAACCUUCCCACCUGAUGAGCCUCUUCCAGGCCAAGCCCAUGAUCAUCCACAGUGGAGGAACAUCACGCAAAAGUGGGCAGUCGCAGGCCGGCAGCACACGCCUCUUCCACAUCCGCCAGAGCUCCUCCCGCGCCACCCGAGCUGUGGAGGUUGAGGUCUCUGCGUCCAACCUGAACACCAACGAUGUGUUUGUGCUGAAAACCCCAAAGUCCCUGUUUGUGUGGCGGGGCGUGGGGGCCAGCGAUGAGGAGAUGGGGGCAGCCAAGCAUGUUGAGUACCAGACCUCAAAGAGCCUGCAGAACAUGGUCAAACCCCCUCGUCUGUUUGGCUGCUCCAACAAAACCGGACGACUAAUUGUAGAGGAGGUACCAGGAGACUUCACACAGUCAGAUCUGGCCACAGAUGAUGUCAUGAUCCUGGACACCUGGGAUCAGCUCUUCAUUUGGAUUGGCAACGAUGCUAAUGCAGAGGAGAAGAACGGAGCUCCAAAAAUAGCUAAAGAGUAUGUGGACUCUGACCCGUCUGGCCGCAAAGGACUGCCCAUCACAACCAUUAAACAGGGGGCAGAGCCUCCAACAUUCACUGGCUGGUUCCAGGCUUGGGAUCCCAAGAUGUGGGAGACAGAUCCAUUGGAAAGAAUCCGUGCCCGUUUUUAAAAAAAAACUCAUGCCCUAUAGAUCCUCCUUUCAUUCUCACUUUUGACCAAUCCAACAUUCCAUGGUCCUGAAUUUUCUGCUUAAGUCCAGUCCCUAAGUGCCAAUAACAAACGUAUCGCAGUUAUCAGGUGAAAUAGCUACCACUAUGCCUUGAAUUAGAUGUCAUAAAUAAGAAUGCAUCACAGCUGUAGUCUUGAAUGUCUUAUCGAUCUUUUGCAUCCAGCAUUUGUUGCCUUCGUAUCUUCAGGAAAUAUUAACCGAAGAGCUAGGUUUAAACAGCCUGAAUCUUUCUCUGCUUGCUUUCCUUGCUUUGGCAGAUCUGCGUUAAAAAUACAUCACUGUACUUUCUUUAUGUCCCAAAGUCUUUUCUUAUUGUACCAGCUCAUCCACCUUUAUCCCGUGUGUCUGUAUGGGUCAUGUUACAUCAUCAGUGGUGGAAGGAGGUACCAGCCCCUUUCCAAAAGUUGCAUGCUGGACAUUUUUUCAUCUUCUGUGCUUGUGAAUAAAAAAAAAGAUUGGUUUGUAAA